GUCAGUCUGUUCGCGGACUCCUAGCAAGCACCACGUCUGGCUACUCCAAGUGCCUCCUAGGUCUGUGUCAAUCGCGAUCCUCGAUGUCUGUCGUGUGUCAGGAACGUAACUGAGGUGACGCAACCAGGAGCUUGGUACGCUGGGUCGUGUGCUAAAACAAACUAAAGUGGCGCUAAUUAGGCCGACUCUCUGGGGUGACAGGAAGAGGUUUGCGAGGUUCGUUAUCACAGCUGCUGUCUUACAGAUUUUCCAUCUCAAAAUGGAUAGCUGGCUGAUGUUUUUCUCAGCCGCUCUAGCAAUCAGCUGUUUUCUACCUAAUUCCCACGCACUCCCUCACGAGUUGGAACUAAGAAGGUGUGGAGAGGGCUUAGCCAAUAUGAUGGCUUUAGUGUGCAAAGGCCGUGGCUACAACUCAUUCUUCCCUGAUCCUUCGUCCGGCCGAAUUAGAAGAGGCAUUGGUAUCGUUGAUGAAUGCUGCCGCAGCUCCUGCAGUCUAAGUACAGUGCUGCAAUAUUGUGGACCUCUAACAAGCACUGAAGCGCCAACAGACACAGUAAUAAAGAAAAGGAGUGACAGCGACACGGAUUGGGCAGUGGAAACCAACUCUGAAGGAGUUGAGAUGUUGACCUAUAAACCACGAACACUACAGACCGACAACGAAAAACUACCCAAAACCUACUACGGUGUCAAAGCCUCGGAUCAAAGACAAACUUUCGAAGAAAUUUCAAACUCUAUCCAAAAACUGUCAUCGUCUACACCUGCAUCAUCAUCAUCGUCGUCUUCAUCAUCUUCAUCAUCAUCUUCAUCAUCAUCAUCAUCGUCAUCUUCAUCGUCAGAUGACUCAUCAGUAGUAACUGAAAGUCAAGACAAAUUAGUAACUGAAAGACAAGACAAAUUCAACACCGGUUUGAAUUUAAACUCCAUAUUCAAACUUUCACCAGUGACUGAAAAACACUCCAGUCACGAAAAAUCUCACCACACCAAAACUAACCCUGUGUUUAGUAGAUUGAGAGUUAGUUCAAACGAAAAUAGGUCGAAAGAGGACAGGCGAAGUUCUUCGAAAGAGGAGAAGAGAAAUUCGUCAAAGGAGGACAGAAGGUUGGGUUCGAGGGAGAGAGUGAAUAGUAGGUGUAAUUCGAUUAGGGGUUGCAGGGUGGCGGGUGGGGGAAGAAGCAGCGGGGAAGUGGGAGGAGGGGUUGAUAGGAGAGAUUUGGAUGCAAUUAGGCCGGUCAGUAUUGAUAGAGUGAGAGGAAGCGAGGAAAGGAGAGGGCACUCAUCUAGCGAGCAGAAUAGGAUAAGGCAUAGGAAUCACAAGAUCUCAUCACGAGAAAAGAAGUCAUCCUCCGAAGAUAAGCCGAAACAAAGCAAAGUGGGGACUGUGGCUCCAUUUUGGGAAAAAGGCCUGGUACUUCCCAACUUCAAGACCUCCAGUUUCAACCUAAGAUAAUCGAUUUUAAAUCAUUAAAACUAUCCUAAUUAUCUUGCAAUCAAGAUAAUUGGAACUUUAAGACACCAACUUAACUCCGUCAACGAUCUCCAUAGGAAUUUAAUAAGACUUUUAACAAAUUAAUUAUUAAUUAAUUAUUGUACUACAAUAGACGAACAGUUAGUUCCAACUGUGAUAUAUAAAUGUAAAUAGAUUUUAUGUUAUUGAAUUAGUUCUUGAUCAUUCGGAUACUAGUUGAUGAAGUAGCUAUUGAUGAAAUACACUAUUAGAACAAUUUAUUAUAUACUGUUAGGGAAACGAAUACCGUACUAGGAUAAAUGAUUCAAUGUGAGGGAGUGCGAAUUUUAACUAUAAAAACAUUGACUAAUUUUAAAAUUAUAAUUUAAACUUUAGAAACAAAUUGACAUAAUUGAAUAGGACAACAUUAUAGAAAUUCCAUAGAUGAACGGAUAUAAUUGAAUCAGAAAAAAGUAUAAAGGACUGUACUUAGCGGGGACUAGAACUAAUCAUUGUAGCGUUAAUAUUAUAAUCGUUUUUUAUAUUUAUAAAUAAACCCCAAAAACCGUCGAUGAAUAUUAAAAUUGUUAUUUUAGAAAAAUGAUGUUUGUUGAAAAAUAUUAUAUGAAUGAAUUUUAUAUACCGUAUUUAAACUUAAACAUAAGGAAUUGAUACUGAGUCAUGAAUACUACAUUCUUGUUUAAAUAAAAAUAUAAAUCUCAGUACACUUUUAAAUUAUUUUAAUUAGUAUCAGACAUUAAUGUCUGAAACACGUUGUGAAAAAAUAAUUUAAAAGGCUACUGAGAUUUAUAUUAAAAGUAACCAUAAAGAAAAAGACAAUAAAUUCUUGUAGUAUAUGGGCACUACAUGGAAAAAUGAUACUUUUUGAAAAAUCUAACAAAAUCAUGAUUUGAUCGACAUUUUUUCGAAAGAUUUGUAUGAUAUGAAAUAGUCUUGAGUUGUUACAUCCAUGUAAGCAAAGUCAAGGUAGAUAUAUAGCAAAUCGUAAUCAUAGAUCUAUACUCUUCGAACUAGCAUUCUUUAAAAUAAAAUUCUGACUCCCCAAAGAGUGAUUUUUACUGAAAAAUUUGAAUUGAGAUUUGAUGAUGAUUGAAAAAUUUUUGUUGAAAUUUGAUGUUUGAAAACUUGGACGAUAGGUACCCUCAAAAGUGGCCUCAAAUAUUGUAACAAAUCUAUUUUUUUAUCAAAAGUGAUUCGAAUUGUUACGCGUUUUCUCAUUCUAGAUUGCUCCUUGAUCAGCUGAUGAAACUCAGCAUUGCAUUGUGAAAUCGAACGAUAAUUUAUUAUUUUUAUGAACUUUGUUCUUGAAACGAAUUUAUAAAUUUUUCCACCAAUCAUUGAAUGUUCUAUUUGAUUGAAUGGCAUUGAGAGAAGACUUAAUUAGAGAUAUU